CUUCAAACCAGUUUAGCUUUAAAUUCAUCGACCAAGACAAAUUUAUAGUAUAUUUUAAUCUUUUUUCAACCUCAAUUUCAUCAAACUAAGCAUAUACUCAUCGAUAUUCUCUCAAAACAUAGCCAAUAAAAAACCUCUUUAUCCACUCAUCAAAAUCAGGAUCAAAAUUGAGAGGACUAAUCUGAGUUAAAACUAUGAAGUUUGCAAAGCUAUACAUUGAUCAUAUCAAAGAGAAGCAGCCAGAAUGGAGUGACAAGUUCUUGUCCUACAAUGAAUUGAAAAGGCUUAUAAGACUCAUACCUGAUGGAAAUGCUGAAGCUGAUAUUAUGUGUUUGUUGAACAACGAAAUCGAUAAGUUCAACGAUUUUUUCAUCGAAAAAGAGGAGGAAUACAUUAUCCGGCACAAGGAGUUAGAACAGAAGAUCAGGAAAACAAUUGAUUUAUGCAAAACAAAUGGAAGCCAACCAUCAGAAAGUGAUUAUAAGGAUAUUGUUGAUUUACAUGGUGAAAUGGUUCUUCUAAUUAACUACUGUAACAUCAAUUACACAGGAUUGGCUAAAAUUCUUGAGAAAUAUGACAGAAAGACUGGCGCGAUCCAGCGUCUGCCGUUUCUUCAGAAAAUUCUUGAGCAUCCCUUUUUAAGCACAGAGAUAAUUUCAAAACUUGUGAGAGAAUGCGAAAAUAUAAUAGACGAUGUAUCACAUGCCGGUGAAGCAGUUGAAAGAGCAAAGGAAGAAGUUGUAUUACAUGGCAGAUGAUUGUUCAAAGUCAAAAGCACAGUUGAAGUUUUAUUCGCAACACCAGAGAAUGUGAUGGCCGUUGAAGACGUUAAUGCUUCUGCUCCUGCGCCAAAUUAGCGUGUUUUUUGGAUUUUAACACGCUCGUUAACAUGACCAAAUUUGAUUUAGCUUAGAAGGUUUGAAAUAUGUUUUCUGGUUUACUGUCAUAAUGAGUGUUUUUGAACUGAAUAUGUUUUGUUUUUGUA